UGAAGAGAUCUCCAGCAUGUGUCUGUCUUACUACAUCAUGUCGUCACUAUGUGAAGAACACCAGCCUGUCGUCAGUAAGAAUGCUCGUUCAUCCAGUCGUGAUUCGCCUGCAUGCAUGUUGUCAUGGUCGCAACAGGAUGUGAUGCAUGUCAAGCAGUAGGUGCAGCUUAAGUAACUAGCAAACAGCAAAUCACGGUACCAGACGAUGCUGCUGCUCAAAAGCCUUCCUUCCCAACGCUAGUUUGAAAUAACUUGCUAACAAAAUGGUCAAUGCCAGCAAACCUAUUUCUGACCCUGAUACAGACCUUCACUGUGGCGUGGAUGAUUUAUUUCCGAUUUGUGCUGUGACGCUCAGCCAGCGACUUUGUGACAAGCAAUCAAAUACUAAUCCUUCCGGUAAAAAAUGUGUGAUUGGUAUGAGUAAAUGUACAACUUCUCCUGUUUCUGUUGCUGACACAAUUGUGAAAGCCCAACUUUCCAAUGAUUCUCCAGAUGCACAGAUUACUGGUGUAAGGAAUUUUAAUGUGAGCUGCAGUCAGUUGUGUACAGAACCUGAUGAUGCUUCCAAGGUCAUAUCCAAUAGCAUUAUUAGUUGUGCAAAGCCUGAUGUAGAUUGCUCUUUCGAUAAUACCUCCGCGUCCGAUUUUCGGUAUGGUAUAAAGGGCAUCACUUGUUCUUCUAGAGAAGAGAAACCACCUUAUAGUCCGAGGAGAGUUCUUCAAUCCAAUCCUUCUUCUGUCCCCGUUGCAAAUCGAUUUCCGGUCUCUGCUCUCGAGAGGAGGUAUUAUGCAGUGUUUUGCAGACUUGGACUGAGCGAAAGAUAUCAGUGCAUGACUGCCAUCAUAUAUCGCAAAGUUCGCUGCUCCUACCUCUCUCUAGGUCGGUCAUUGAUGCCACGGGGUCACGUCAAUAACUUUUUGAUUUCUGCUCUAUGCCGGAAACUGUAUGAUGAUUGCCAUCCGUCAGUUUCCAAAAAGCAUUACUUCUUCUGUUAUAUCGGGGAAAAUAUUCUCAAAUACAAUAAUAAAGAUCAGUUUAGACUCAUACAAAAUGCUUUUAAAGGUGCAAGUCUAGCAAAGAAAAUUGAUGAGUGUAGACUGCUAUUUUUUCCUAUAUGCCAUUGUAAGCACUGGUUUCUAUUUGUUGUCGAUCUCCAAAACCAUCUAUUUGUAUUUAUGGAUUCGUUAUUCAGUAUGAAGUCUCUUUAUCAAGUUGUGGUCAGAGGCUUGCUUGUUGGUAAUUUCAAGCAACUGUGGAAAGAGAUAGUUGAUCCAGAGUAUAGCUUCGAUAAUUUCAGAAUUGUCUAUCCUGCUAUGCCCAGACAAGGAAACGGGCAUGAUUGCGGUGUCUUUGUCAUGAAAUGUAUGGAAAUAUGGACUCCUGGAGCUGAUCUUCGUGAUUAUUUCUUGGUAGUCAAUAUUCCAAACAUAAGGGUUCAAUAUGCAAAUCAGCUGUUCUUCAGUUCAAAGAAUACUGCUGAUAAAUCUUUGGUAAAUCAGCUCUUUAGAGAGGGCAAAUUUCACGGUGUCAGAAAGAGUAUAACUUCAGGUUCAAAUGAUGACCAGGCAAUUAAGAAAUAGAGAUUAUACAACACAACAUUGCAUAUUAGUAGUUUAGGAGGCAUUGUGUUCGAUGCAUCCGGUGGAUGUACAUGAACUGGUUUACAAUGAGAUGCGCGAUUCAUAUAAGAGCUGGAGUACUUUUUUGUUUGCUCCAUCUCUGCAAUGUGAUGCACCGGAGAAGCAAAAAGUGAAGUUUGUACCAGUAGAAAGACAACAUUCUGGAAGGCCUAAGGUGGUCAAUUCAGGAUCUUCCAUAAUAUUUACUGCCAAAGGGCAAAAAACAUGUAAUCAUAGACAAAGGGAGUAUUAUUUGUAGCGGUUCUUGCUUUUGAUAAGGCAAGCUUCUAUGUUCAAAGAAGAU